CUGUUACUUCCUCUUCCAUCCAAACCAAGCCUGACCUGCUAUAGAGAACAACAAAAACCUCCAUAACAAGUCGGGGCAAAAUGGGAAAUAAACUGAUCACCAAGGUGUUUAAUGAUCCCAUCCAUGGUAGCAUAGAGUUACACCCACUCCUCAUCAAGAUCAUUGACACACCUCAGUUCCAGAGACUUCGAUUCAUAAAGCAGCUUGGAGGUGUCUACUUUGUUUACCCUGGAGCGUCUCACAACCGCUUUGAACACUCAAUCGGGGUGGGAUACUUAGCAGGAAAACUUGCUGAGGCUCUCAGGUCAAGGCAGCCGGAUCUCAGCAUCACUGACAGAGACGUCCUUUGUGUUCAGAUUGCUGGCCUCUGUCAUGACCUGGGUCAUGGACCCUUUUCCCAUCUGUAUGAUGGACUGUUCCUCCCCAAAGCACUGGAAAAAAAGAGGAAAUUAAAGAAAUGGAAGCAUGAAAGGGGCUCUCGUCUCAUGCUAGACCACCUGGUGAAAGAGAAUAAUCUUAAACCAAUGAUGAAGUAUGGACUGAAACCUGAAGAAGACAUAACAUUCAUUAAGGAGAUGAUUGCUGGACCUCUACAGGAAUCUAAAGAGCAGGAGUUGCAGUUCAAAGGGCGCUCAAAAGAAUGGUCCUUCCUCUAUGAAAUUGUGUCCAACAAAAAAAACGGCGUUGAUGUGGACAAGUUUGACUACUUGGCCAGGGACUCUUCCUACCUGGGGAUCAAGAACAACUUUGACUUUCGUCGCUUCCUGCAGUUUGCCAGGGUGUGUGAGGUUGAAGACAAAGACUGCAAAGAAGGAAAAAGGAAAACUAUCUGCACCAGAGACAAGAAGGAAGACCAUAUGUACCACUUGUUCUAUACAAGACACUGUCUCCACAAAAGAGCCUGUCAGCAUAGAGUAAGCCAAAUCAUACAAGAAAUGAUUGCAGAGGCUUUUUUGAAAGCAGACGAUCACAUUCAGAUUGAAGGAUCAGGAGGGAGGAUGUUCACUCUCUCUACAGCCUUUAAGAACAUGGAGGCCUACACAAAGCUCACAGACAACGUGUUUGAGGAAAUACUGAAGUCUUCCUGCUCAGAGCUAGAAAAGGCAAGAGAGAUUCUGCAAAACAUCAUCUCUCGAAAGAGCUACAAGUUUGUUGGUGAGACAAAGCCAAAGGACCCCAUCCAGGAUUGGGAAAGCCUGAUUCCUAGCUGGAAAAAAGGACUGGCUGAGGGAGAAAGAAACCUGACACCAAAGGACUUUGAAAUCCUGGUCAUUGAAAUGGACUAUGGCAUGGACGACAAGGACCCUAUCCAACAUGUUCAUUUCUACAGCAAAUCUGAGCUUGACAAGGCAAAGCUAAUGCCCGAAGAAAAGCUGGUUGCGCUGUGCCAGCCUCGGUUACAUCCAGCCGAAAGACCGGACAUCCCCGCAGAACUACGGAGGAAGAGAAGGGGAUGCAGAGCCGGAGUGAAGUGCCGGGAAAAGAAAAGACGGUACAAACCAUCCGUGCCGUCUUUAAUUAUGGGGAAUGUAAGAUCUCUCCCUAAUAAGAUGGAGGAGCUGACGGCGCUCACCCGGCUUCAGAGGGAGUACCGAGAGUGUAGCAUCAUGCAGUUCACGGAGACAUGGCUGAAUGAACUCACUCCGGACACGCUCGUAACUUUGGACGGCUUCCAACUCGUCAGAGCGGACCGGAGCGCGAGGGAGAGCGGUAAGAAGAAAGGCGGGGGAAUAGCGAUGUAUGUGAAUGAGAGGUGGUGUAACUCUGGGCACAUCACCGUUAAAGAACAGCGCUGCACUAAGGAUGUGGAGCUGCUGGCUGUAAGCAUUCGGCCAUAUUACCUGCCGAGGGAGUUUUCACACGUCAUCGCGGUGACUGUUUACAUCCCCCCCUCGGCAGACGCUGCUGCAGCCUGUGAACUCAUCCACAGUGUAGUGUCUCAGCUACAGACAUCACACCCCCAGUCUCUUACUCUCAUCUCAGGAGACUUUAACCACGUUUCCCUGUCUGCCACUCUCCCUACUUUCACUCAGUAUGUUGACUGCCAUACUAGGGACAAUAAAACUUUGGACUUACUGUACUCAAGAUUAGAUUAG